AGUCCGAGCUGCCCGAGACAAGCCUGGGGCCGGGGGCACCGAGCGGGGAGAGCCCGGCCCCGAAAGCAGAGCCACGAGAGUAGAGCGGGCGGGAACCGGCCGGGAGCCGGAGCCCCUCAGGCACCUGCUCGACCGCCCAGCGGAUCGGCGCUCACGGAGUGGCCCGCAGGCCCCCGCCCGGGCCCAGUCCCUCCCGGGGCCCCCCCAUGGCCCGGGCCGCAGCCCUCCCGCCGUCGAGAUCGUCACCGACGCUGCCGCUCCUGUCGCUGCUGCUGCUGCUGCUCCGGGAAACCGGGGCCCAGGAUGUGCAAGUUCGAGUGCCACCCGAGGUGCGGGGCCACCUGGGGGGCACUGUGCAGCUGCCGUGCCACCUGCUGUCUCCAGGACCUGAAGUCCGAGUCUCGCAGGUGACGUGGCUGCACGUGGACGCAGCCGGGGUCAGCAAGAGCGUGGCCGCCUUCCACCCUUCCUACGGUCCCAGCUUCCGCGGCCCAAAGCCCGGCGAAGAGCGACUGUCCUUUGUCACUGCCGGGCAGAGCCCCGGGACCAGGCAAGGCACGGAGAUGGAGCUGCGGGAUGCCACGCUGGCCCUCCGGGGACUGACAGUGGAGGAUGAGGGCAACUAUACCUGCGAGUUUGCCACCUUCCCCAGUGGCACCAGUCGGGGGGUGACCUGGCUCAGAGCCAUAGCACAGCCCCAGAACCACGCCGAAACGCAGGAGGUCACGCUCAGCCUGGAACCUGUGCCCGUGGCCCGCUGUGUCUCCGAGGGGGGCCGCCCCCCCGCCCGAAUCUCCUGGUUCUCGCCCCUGGACGGGGAGGCCAAAGAGAGCCAGAUGUCAGGGCCCGUGCCCGGCACAGUCACCAUCACCAGCCGAUUCACCUUGGUACCCUUGAGCCGAGCAGAUGGUGUCAAGGUCACCUGCAAGGUGGAGCACGAGAGCUUUGAGGAGCCCAUCCUGCUGCCCAUCACCCUCUCUGUACGCUACCCCCCUGAGGUCUCCAUCUCCGGCUACGAUGACAACUGGUACCUCGGCCGCAGCGAGGCCACCCUGAGCUGUGAUGUUCGCAGCAAACCGGAGCCCACGGGCUAUGACUGGAGCACGACGGCAGGCGUCUUCCCAGCCUCAGCAGUAGCCCAGGGCCCCCAGCUGAUCAUCCACUCAGUGGACAGACUGGUCAACACCACGUUCAUCUGCACGGUCACCAACGCCGUGGGCACGGGUCGCGCUGAGCAGGUGGUCCUCGUGCGAGAUCCUGACAACGAACCGCAAAGACGUCCUCAGAGGUGCACGCCCGCAGAAACUCUCCAGAAACCCUGCUGCUUUCAACGGAUCGUCAUCUGACAAGUAUUUGUUGAGGGUUCCUCUUUGCUGAGCAUUCCCCUUGGUGUUGGGGAUACGAUGGUGAACAAGACGCAGUCCCCACCCACCCUUGAAGACACACCCAGAGAGGAGGGAUGCCCGACUGGAAAUCUAUCCCCUGAACCUCUAUCCCAGAUACACACCCGGGAAACUGGCCUCCCCACGUGGAGUCAGGAGGCACCUGUUAGGGGCAGAGCCUGCAGGACACAGAUGUAGCCACGCCUAAGGCUCCUCACAGGAAUACACAACCACAAACACAUGGAUGCCCCCCUAAGACCCUUUAAAACACACAGAAAUCCCAGGGCUGUCCCCCGCUGGAAACCACCCCCUCCAAGGACAGACCAGCUUCAAAGUUAAGCCCUUCAUCAAUAUUCACCCUGUAAAACACAUAUUUAGCCCUGUCAGGAACUGGUGUGUGUGUGGGGGGGGGCGCGGCCAGCAGGGAGUGGAGCACACAGAAUCACGCCCCCCAGAGAGACUCAGCCCUGUGGAAAGACACCCCUCCUCUGCAGGGAGCCCGAUGCGGGGCUCGAUCCCAGGACCCUGGGAUCAUGACCUUAGCGGAAGGCAGACGCCUGACCGACUGAGUCACCCAGGUGCCCCUCAGUCCCAGCUCUUGAGUCACAUCCGGAGGGUCUCAGAGACUCACCGCAUUCCCACACACGCCCAGACGCAGACGUGCGGUCACAGACACGUGGUUCGGGGUUCACAUUAGUGAAGUCUUAGGUACACAGGUUGUGCCACAGGCUAGACAUGGCCUCAGGGAGACUUGGAGAACUUUUGCCCCACAGACCAGUGAACACACCCACCAGUUCCAAAAUACCACCUCCAGAAAUGCAGAUAAACAUUCCAGCAUGCGCCGAAACAGGUUCCCAGACGUCACUGAUGGGCAUUCCCACCAAGAAAACUGUCAUGCCUCUAACCGGUGUACCGGUGUAGACGUAUUUCCAGAAAAAAAUGUUUCACAAAAUAGUACUUACCCUUCCUACUUCGGAGACACUUUUUCUAUUCUACCUUUUUUUUUUUUUUUAACUGCUCCUUGUGAAUCACUAAAUGCAUUUGACAGCCCAGGGGGUCAUGGCUCUAUUUGAAAACGCCACUCUUAAAAGAAACAGGUGCCCUAAGGAGCUUGGAUCCCAGCCCCUCUGCAGGGUGUGGGGAGGAGGGGUUUAGGUGUAAGUGGACUCCCCCCUCGCCCCCCCCCAUUUCUCCCCAUCAGGGCCUGCAUGCAGGGGUGGGGGAAGAGGCGUGUAUAAAAUGGUUCUAGUUCAAACUGCUUCAAUGUCUAUUUGGUGUGGGGCCCAGACCCCCCCCUCCCUCAUCUCUCCUGCCCCGCCCCCUGGACCCUUAGUAUUCCCUGGCUUCCUUCUCCACCUUUCCCAGACCCCUCCUCUCCCAGCUGCUGGCCCACUGCCAGGAGCACUGGCCUAAAGGGCGGGACAGUGGGCUUCAUGAGCCCCCAUUUGCCACAACUGGGGACAUGGCCCAGAUAAGAGGGAGACCACAUCGCCUGGACCAGGUGCUCCCAGCCACUUCGAAGGGGGAGGAGGAUUAUCAGGAGGACCCUCCCCCUUCUUUCCUCCUUCUCUCAAGUCCAAAGGCCUUUGGAAUCUGACAGUCUUGAGCCCAAAUGCAGCUCUGCCUCUUCCUGGCUGGAUCCACCCAAGAUUCCAUGACUCUAACCUCAGAGCUUUUGUGAGAAACCACCCCAGCCCGUCCCGAGCGGGUCGCAAACUCAGAUGCCUACGGGGUCCUGGCCAGUGACCAGGUGGCCAGGGGUGGAACCCCUGUUCCGACCCAAGCAGCCAGUCUUCACUCAGCUGCUGCCCAUCACCAAGUGGAGAUGAGAGAUCGGUGUGGCCCGAUCUGAGUUUCUUUUUCCCUGAAAGAAAUCUUGGAUUUUUUUGAUGAAAUCGCCUGGUUUUUGCAGUGUUAGCAAGUUUAAUUUUUGAAAAGCCCUGUGCAGGUCUAAGGAAACACGUCUGGGGGCUGUCAGUUGGCAAACCCCGGCCCCUCACCGCCGCAGUCCCCCCUCCCCCAGAACAAAGUGCCUAGUGUGUGUAGCACAGAACAGACGGGUUCUCCCUUACCCUCCACCUUCUCCAUCUUCUGCACAGAGUCACCUCCCCAAUUUUCCCAUCACUGCCCCUGUUGUACCCUGUGCCCCCCCCACCACAGAUGUGUCCUCUUGACCUCGUGUCUCCCUUUCUCUCUCUCACCCCUCCUUCUCUCU